AUGCGUUGUUGACUUGUAUGCGUCAAUUAAUGUAACUAUAAAUACAAAGUGGCCAUCAGUUUAGACUGGAACAUAUGAGAUUAGCACAGAGGAUGAUGAUGGCCACCAAAAUUUUUCUAUCUCAUCUUUUUAUACUCCUUGCUUUCCUGGCACUCAUUCAAAUUACUAGCUCCUCUGAAGCCGGCGAUGACGUAAUCGGCGUUUACUGGGGCCUGACGGAUGAUAACAGUAAUCUUACAGAAACAUGCGCCACUGGAAAAUACACUUAGGUGGUCAUAUACUACCUCGAGACCUCCCAGGGUGAAUUUAGCCCUCAAUUCAGCAACCCAGGUAUCUGUGACCCUCCUUUAUUAUGCCCCACCAUUGGCACAGGUAUCAAAUAUUGCCAACAACAAGGGAUCAAGGUGAUGCUCUAUAUUGCUGGAGACGGUUGGAAUGUGACCUUAUCUUCUGCUGACAAGGCUCGAAAUGUUUCUGAUUAUUUGUGGAACACUUUCUUGGGAGGAAAUUCAUCUUCUCGCCCAUUUGGAGAUGCCAUAUUGGACGGCAUCAAUUUUGAUAUCCGCUAUUCUACAGCAUACUGGAAGGACCUUGCUCUUUACUUGAAGUCACACAGCACUUCAACACGGACGGUCCUCUUAUCUGCAUCACCUCUGUGCCGAUUUCCUGAUAAUUUUCGUGGCACUGCCCUUGAAGAACAUGGCCUUUUUGACUAUGUCUUCGUACAAUUCCAGAACGACCCUGCUUGCGAGUAUUCAGAAUCACAAGGCAAUGGUCACUUAUUACUAGAAACAUGGAACCAAUGGACGGAAUCAUUAUUAGAUGGUGGGUCCAAAGUGUUGAUGUAUUUGCCAGCAUCUAAAGCUACUCAGGACACAGGAGGCUAUAUUCCUCUUAGCGAGUUGAUCACUAAUGUACUUCCUAUUGUAAGGCAGUCACCGAACUAUGGUGGUGUGAUGUUGUGGACGAGGGGCUAUGACGAAGCAAGUAAUUACAGUGACUUCAUUAUUCAACGAAGUUCUCUGUGCACGCCCCAAAGCGCUUCCAGGUGCAGGAACCAAGACAUGAGCUUUGAAGAACGUGUCGGGAACAUGGCCGGUGAUAAUUCAAAGACUUAUGAAGGUGUGUCGUCGUGUUGUGAGACCAUAUGCAAGAACAAUUGUUCGUGCGUGGCUUAUGCACUAGUGAAUUACAGUAGUGGAUGCCAGAUAUGGCUUGAAGGAGCCACAUUCACUGAAGAAGCUGCAGGAGCACAAGGCCAGUCAAUUUAUGUUGUAGCUGUUAGACACAAAGAUUGGUCCAAUUUUCCAACUUGUACUGCCCUAAUAUAUACUCACUCAAUUAAAAAAUGUUAA